AUGGUCCAUCGCCUGCACAGCAAGUAUGGCGACUUUGUCCGCAUCGCCCCCAACCAUGUCUCCAUUGCUGAUCCAAGGGCUCUGCAGGACAUUUACGGGCACAAUACCGGCUUCGUCAAGGGCCCCUUUUACGACGCCUUUCACCAGACAGAGCCGGGCCUGUUCGGCUUGCGCAAUCUCGACAUGCACCAGAAGCGGCGGAAACUUAUCACGCCUUUCUUUUCUCCGGCCAACCUGACGGCAUUUGAACCCCAAGUUAGUGCCAGCGUGCUCAAACUAAGGCAAAGUCUUUCCGGCAUAGCCGCGUCCGAACAACCAACGACGAAUUUUAGCUUAUACGGCUUCCUGGACCGGGGCUACGACCACUCAAACCUGAUCGAGUCCCUAGACUCCCGCGGUUUGGUUGUCAAUGCCCUCGGCUACAUGCCGUCGUGGUGCCGACUGCUGAUGAUGUACAACUUCUUUGGCUACUUUUGGCAUCGCGGCCUGAGCGGACUCUGUCAUCUUGGCGUUGUCGGCCGCACAGCGUAUUUUUCGCGCAAGGCUGGUACGGUGACGAGGGAUCGGAAGGAUGUGCUAAGCUUCGUGAUCGAACCCGGAAAUGAAAAGGCGGCCGGCGCAUAUUCUGAGGUCGCCCUGGUUGCCGAAUCGGUCGGUCUUAUCAUCGGUGGCAGUGACACGACUAGCAGCACCAUGACGCACUUUGUCGAUCUCGUUUCGCGUGAUCCGCUGCUACAAAAACGGCUGCAAGACAAGCUCGACGCGGCGUUCCCCGGCGUUGAGGGUGAGGGCAACUGGGUGGCCGAUUUCGCUACCGCGGACAAGCUGCCUAUUCUCCGUGCCACGCUGCGCGAGACGAUGCGACUGCGACCGACUAGCGCGACUGGUCUAGAGAGGGUCACGCCGCCAGGCGGACGGGUGGUGGCGGAUGUUUCUAUUCCUGCUGGGCUAACCUGCGUGCCAUCAAAGGAUCCGACCGACUUCAACAUCGACAGAUGGUUGCAGCCCGACGCUGGCCAGCUUUCCGAGUACUUUAAACCAUUUUCACUCAGGCCUCGAUCAUGCAUUGGCAGAAACUUCGCCUGGAUGGAGGCUAUCAAGACACUGGCCGCACUUUUCUGCCUACUUAACUUUUCCAGAGCACGGAAUGGGCCCACUGAGCUGAAAGAGGGCUUUAUCCUGAAGGUAAAGGAGUGUAUGGUACGUGUUUCUCGGCGGGACAUCGACAGAAUAGUAACUUUCUCCGAUGUGGAGAGCCC